AUGAACGCGAAGACGUACGAUGUCCUGGUCGUCGGAGGCGGUGCUGCGGGAGUCGGGGUCUCAAUAGCGCUGAAGCAUGCAGGUAUUGAGAAUUUUCGCCUGCUCGAUCGGUCCACAAUCGGCGCAUCGUUCGCGUCGUGGCCAGCCGAGACCUGCUUCAUCACUCCUUCGUUUCCGACCAAUUCGAUUGGGAUGCUCGAUUUGAACUCCAUCGCAAUUGGAGUUUCGCCCGCGUUCAGUCUGGGGGUCGAGCAUCCGACGGGUGAAGAAUACGCGGCACACUUGCGUGGGGUCGCAGAGUUCUUCGAACUGCCCAUCUUCGAGCACACCGACGUGAAGCGCGUGACAAAAGUCGGCGAAGACUUUCGCGUCGAUACUACGGAAGAGACCCUGAGAGCCAAGCAUGUCAUAUGGGCCGCUGGUGAGUUCCAAUACCCGAGAUUGAAUGGGUUUGUUGGCAGUGAACUCUGUCGGCACACGGCGACGAUUCCCAGCUACGAAGAGCUUGAGGGGGACGACUUUGUCAUCGUCGGGGGCUACGAGAGUGGUGUCGACGCGGCCUACCACCUGGCGUAUCGCGAUAAACGGGUGCGCCUUUUCGACAAAGGGUGUCCGUGGGACGACGAGAGUUCCGAUCCAAGUGUCGCGCUAUCUACGUAUUCGCGGGAACGGAUGCAAGCGGAUUGGUUUGUAGAUCAAGUGGAACUGUUUCCGGAAACGCCAAUCGCCUCUGUUGCCCGCGAAGGCGCGAAGUACGAGAUCACGACGCAAGACGGACGCCGGUUUCAAACUAGUGUUUCACCGCUGUUAGCAGGUGGUUUUGAAGGUAGUCACAAGCUAGUCGCGGAUUUGUUCGAGCGGCGCGAGGAUGGCUAUCCACUGCUGAGUGAGCACGACGAGUCGACGAUCGUAAGGGGUGUGUUUCUCUGCGGGCCCGCUGUGCGUCACGAGAAUCACGUCUUCUGCUUCAUCUAUAAGUAUCGACAACGACUGCGCUUGCUGAUGCCACCAGUGAGAGGAAGUUGCAUGAAAAAGUUGGACUUAGAACGCUAUCGGCAGCAGCUUCUUGCAAUGCGAGCGCGCCUUCGCGGCGAUACGCAAAGUCUCUCGCAGCGCGCCUUGGAUGCUGCCGCGAACAGCCGCAUGCCCAUUCACAUGGCAGAACGCGGUACGGACGAAGCAGCGCGCGAGUGUGACCUUAUGCUCUCGCAGCAAGAGGCAAGUACUUUGGAUCGCAUUGAGGCAGCCCUCGAACGCAUCGAAGAGGGUGUGUUCGGUAUUUGCCUAGCAACCGGAAAGCCGAUUCCCAAAGCCCGGCUCGAUGCAGUUCCCUACGCCGAGUUCUGCGUGAAGUAUGCAGAACAGUUGGAACGCGAUGGUCGUUCGGCGGGUGAGACAAACUUCCGCGGCUCGACCGUGAUCGUCGAACGCUACCGUUCGGGGAGCACCGAGUACAUCGAUACACCUGGCAUUCUCCGCAGUUCCGACACCGAGACGACACGGCUAGCCCUGAGUGCCCUCGCCGAAAACGAUGUUGUUUUGUUGGUGGUCCAAGCGACCAGUCUGGACCAGGACCUAAGCGAUAUGCUGCCACUAGUGAUCGGCAAGCAGGGGGCUAUGGUCGUCACGUAUUGGGACAAGGUGCAGCAGGGAGAGGCCGCCCAAGAGGCGAUCGAACGCUUGGCGGCGGAUGUGGGCGUCAAGUUUAUCACCCUCGAUGCUCGCCAGAUUUCUGGCCCAAAUCGUCAAGAGAUUGCCAACGCGACCAUCAACCCUUCGACAUUUCGAAAAGCGUCGUUGACGGCUCGAGCGGGAUGGCGGAUCGAGCCGAAACCGGGAUGGAUGGAACAUCACAUUGUUGGCCCGCUGCUCGCUGUUUUGCUGCUCUUCCUGCCGGCGCUGGCGACCAUCUACGGUGCAAAUAAGGUGGCCGAUCUGCUGCAUCCCAUUGUUGCCAGAGUGUUCGAGCCGGCCAUUGCCACCGUGAACGCCACGUGGCCGAGUUGGCUGCGAAUCGUGCUCACGGCUCAGCAGGGAGAAUUCGGCUAUGGUCUCUUGAAUAUGGGACCGUUCCUGCUGGUUUGGGCGUUCCCCACAGUGUUGAUGUUCGCUCUGAUUCUCGGCGUCUAUAAGGCGAGCGGAUUGAUUGAGCGAAUGAAUGUCGCGCUGCAUCCGCUUAUGCGACCAUUCGGCUUAAGCGGACGUGACGUAGUGCGUGUAAUGAUAGGUUUUGGGUGCAACGUGCCAGCGGUAAUCAGUACGCGGUCCUGUUCGAGCUGUUCACGGGGGCCCGCUAUCUCGGCCAUCGCUUUCGGCUCGGCGUGCAGCUACCAGCUACCGGCCACCCUGGCUGUUUUAUCUGGGGCAGCGGUAGCGACGGGAACUUCGGCCGUAUCGCUGACGGGGCUGUUUCUGACCUACCUGUUAAUCACGACGCUUGUUUAUUUGCGACUCACUUCGAGUUCGCAGGCCCGCAGUUCACUGAACGUUUUGAUGACACCCAGUCGACCGUUCAUGCAAUGGCCGACCUGGUCGGCUUUGUGGCGAGAAGCGUCGGGGACAGUUCGACAAUUUCUGUUGCAGGCGAUGCCUGUCUUCAUCUUGAUCUGUAUCGCCGCGUCGCUGCUGGCUCAUGCCGGAGUGCUCGACAUGGCUUCUCGGAUUCUGGGUCCAGUCAUGGGGGCUUUCGAUCUCCCCUCGCAAGCAGCUUUGCCCGUCGUACUGGCUUCUGUGCGUAAGGACGGGAUUUUCCUGCUUGCGGCCGACGAUGGACCAUCCUUCCCAAUGACAGCGGCACAAGCGCUCACGGCCGUGUACUUGGCGGGCGUACUUCUGCCAUGCCUGGUAACGGCUAUGACGAUCGGUCGGGAAACUGGCUGGAAGCCAACAUCCAGGCUUCUCGCACGACAGGCGCGAUUCGCAAUCCUCUUCGCCCUGAUUCUAGCCUGGGGAUCGAAGUGGCCACAGGGCAAUUGGCUCCUCGAGUUGGGUUUCGAUCGCAUUGAGCCGCCCGUAGAUCGAGACGGUUGUUCUAGUGUCUAUACCUUGAUGCUGCCUUGCCAAAGAUGCGUGGUAUUACGUGGAUUUGGUGUGUUCUACGGAGCUGUUCUGCGGGGUGGUAUCUUUUUGCCUCGAUUCGAGUUCCUGCCUCGAUAUACAACUCACGCGACCCUGGAAUUACCUCCCUGGUCUGAUGAAGACUUGCCGAAGUUGAGUGUUCCGAAAGAUUCUCAGCAAUGCGAUAGUGUGUCGUUGACAUUGGAAUUGAUUGAUUGGAUACGGAACUACGAGUCGACCAUCGUCAAGCACUUGGGGGUCGAGUACCGCCGGUCGACACUGCUUCGGUGGGACAAUGGGAAGCGAACAAUUGUUCCGGCGGAGGAGAUGGCACGCGCAUGGCGAUUGCUCGGUAUCUCAAUUGCUGAAGACUGCCGGGUACUGUUCUCACAGUGCGGUACGGUGUGGCCGGCCCGCCGAUUCGGCGGAAAGCUGAUGGAACAGCAAGUCUGGUGCUGGGGAAGGGAUGUCGAGUAUUCCGACGGAAAUUUGCUGGUGGGCUAUGGCUUCGAGCGCCAUCGAGACUGCAGCACCGACGAACGGUCUACGUGUUAUCGAUUGGAUCGAGGGCAGAUUCACAUCGCUCUAUGGGGCUUCGGCAUGUUUUAUGGGUGUCGUGAGCUGGGGGGGCUCUACCUUAGCCGAUUCGAGCUGUUUCCAACUUGGGCUCCUGUGGAGUCGCUCGCCCUAGAGAUUCACUGGCCCGAGGAUCUACCGGUCUUCGCUCGGCCUCGAGGUAUGUUCGAGUGGCGAUGCGCCCGGAAACUCUGGAAAUCUUCUCUUCUCUGGAUUGCGAACUACGAGACCUGGGUCCGCGACACGGUCGGCCUCGAUUAUCGUCGCGAUUGUGUAAAAACUUGGCUGCGACCGUACGUGCGUGCCGACAAGGCGCCGGCCGCGUGGCGGUUUCUUAGUCGGCGGGGUUGGGAGCAUCAGGAUCAGCCGCUGCCGCAAGUAUUCAAGAGAUUUACUAUCGCUAAGUGA